AGUUUUGAACAUGGGAAGUCGGCGAUUGACAGAUGGCAGGGCACCGAAGAAGCAGUGCACGAUGGACAGGUUCCUCACACGGCCUCACCGACACACGGCUCAGCCACUGCCUCGGAUGAUAUCGGUGGACAUGGACGGCACUGUGGCUGAUAUCACCAAGCGACUCGACUAUGCAACACGGCGAGCUGGCACGGAUAAAGGCCCCAAGUUCUAUAACAUCCUCUUGAAUGGUUCCCUGUACAAGAUGGACGAGCCCAUAGCAAUGGCCAGGGACUUCCUCGAGAAGUAUGCAGCUUCGAGGGGCGAUAUCGUUUACCUUUCGGGACGUCGUGCAGGGACAGAGGGGCAGUCAGACACGUGGCUUCGGCAGCACGGCUUUCCUAGUGGUCGGAUAAUUCACCGGAGGAGUGGACAAAACUCCCAUUACUUCAAGCAGAACACGUUGCUCAGCUUGAAGAGGUCUCAUGAAGUUGAGGCCCACUUUGGGGACCGGCCCAGUGAUGACGGGGGUGCAGCUGAAGGAGCCGACGUUCGCUUUAUUCUGGUAAGCAGCUCACAGUGGCCGACGUUCGAGGAAGUCUUCGGCGAGCGUGUUGAAACUGUAGUGACUUCGCCACUGAAAGUUGAGGCUGCUAAUUCAAACGAGGAAGGAGAGCCGGUCGUGGAGCGUGUCGAAGCAUAAGCUGAGCCUUUACCUUACGUAUGAUAAUUCCCACGGUAGGAUGGUGACCUGUACAUUGCUAGCUUCUAAGGAUAA